AACUAGAGGCUCCAGCAGCAUGAGCAUGAUUUGACCUCAGGAUGAAAAUAAUGCAUGUUUAUAACCUAUAAUUGCGUGUACUUUAUUUAUAUUUAAUUUUUAUAAAGAUUACGUUUUCGCUUUUGUAAUGGAUCCUAAUUUGUUACACUGGAAAGGCCAAGGACAGUCUUUUCUUGGACGUCUAAAGAUCUGGUCUGACCUUCUGGAUCCAACGUUACUGCUGUCUUCAGAUGCUGAAAUCCAGAAGGCCCACUUUGUUCUUGGGAGUGGAGAAAAACCUAGUGAAAAGGAUACGACCACAGCUGCCACACUUGCUCUUUCGUCAGUCCAUGCAGACACCGGUGAGGUUCUUCCAAUAAUUUUCCGUCCACCAGCCUUGUUGCCAAUAUCAGCUCCCAUAGUUUAUGCUGCGUUUUUGCCCCAUAACACAGUCAAAUCUGCUCUUCUCUGUCAGUUUUUGCUGCAGAGUUACUUCACUGCGUUCAACUUCUCAAACAGAAACGCCUCAUCAGAGAAGGAAAAGAAAAUAUCCUUAAAGCAGCUUUUGUUAAAUGUUGGGACAGUUUCUUAUGCGACCUGCGCUGGGACUCUUCCUCAAAUCAUUAUCAACCGUCUUAGAGUGAGGAGCGUUUCAGUGCAGAGUUUCUGUCGGACAGUUUUACCAGUCCCUCUCGCAGCAACUUUGGCUUUCUUGAAUUUAUCCACUGUCCGAAGUGAGGAGACUGAAAACGGGAUCCAGGUGUUUGACUCAGAGGGGAAUUCAGUGGGACUGUCCAAAGCAGCAGCAGAGAAGGCUGUGAGGGAAACUGCUUUGUCCAGAGCUGCUCUCAUUGGUACAACUGCUGCUGGUCCAAGCCUUAUAGCUUCACUUCUACAAAGAACUAAAUUUUUCAAGACUCGUCCGCUGCUUCUUGCUCCGCUCCGUCCCUUCGGCGUGGUGUUUCUGCUCGGACUCAUGAUCCCGGUGUCCUUCAGUCUAUUUCCGCAGCUGGGAACGAUAAAGAAGGAAAACUUGGAGGAGGAGCUACAGGCCGCAGUGCCGGACGGACACUUGUACUACCACAGAGGACUAUAAAGGAAAAGAAACUCACUGGAUCAUGUCUAUAUACAGAUUAACAUACAGUACAAAUGGAUCAUAAAGUAAAAACUAAAUCCACGAAAACUGACAUUGUUUUUCCUGUAUUUUUCAAAUCUUAUAAUAAAAUAAAUACAGAAUCUACCAAA